AUGAUGAAUCCUGAAGUUCCUAACGUCUUCCAGGGGAAGUCGUUACAAAAACGCAAUUUCAAACAACUGAGUUUGGCGACUCUGGAAGGGAGGAAUAAGAGUACCGAGAUUUUAGAACCGAUGGCUACGGGAGCCACGGCUUCAGUAUCUUUAAAUUUAAGUUUGCCUAAGAAUGACGCCAGUAAUCUGUACCUCCGAAGAGGAUUGAAGAAGAAACUUAAUUUGGAUAGUCAGUCAAUUGCCGCUCCCAUGGUUACUUUUGAUAGAGCUUUGAGUACUGAGAACCUUGUUGCGCCGCAACAACAAUCUUUCGUAGUGAGCAGCCCGACAAACUCUUCCCCUUCGACGUCGACGAGUUUGACUCAGGUUUUUACGCCUAUGGAGGAUGAUAAUAUGCAGAAACAAUUCGGGGAAACAGACGCUUCCAUGGGAGGUGUUAUAAGAAAUGCAGAGCCAAUGACGAUAAAUAGUUCAAUACAAUUGCAAGAUCUGGUGCAAUUGGGUAAGAUCGGAUCUGGAAACUCGGGAACGGUUAUCAAGGCGUUGCAUGUUCCGGAUUCCAAGAUUGUGGCUAAGAAAGUUAUCCCAGUGGAGAAUAAUAACCACCUGGUGGUGAAUCAACUGGUCAGAGAGUUGACAAUCAUGAAAAGCGUUCAUCCGCAUGAGAAUAUUGUCUCUUUCUAUGGAGCAUAUUAUACACAAUCGGGAAGUAAUGAGAUUGUUAUCCUGAUGGAGUAUAUGAACUGUGGAUCGUUGGACAAGAUCUUAUCGGUAUACGGACGAUAUUGUCAAAGAAGGCAAAACUUAAGAGAGGAACCAUGGUUUAACGGUCUGGUGAUCUCGAAAAUUUCAUACGCCGUACUCAAUGGUCUAUCGUACCUGUACGAAAAGUACAAGAUCAUUCAUCGUGACAUUAAGCCUUCCAACGUGCUCAUCAACAGUCGUGGUCAAGUAAAGAUUUGCGAUUUUGGUGUCUCGAAGAAAUUGAUCAAUUCCAUCGCCGAUACAUUUGUCGGAACCUCCACCUAUAUGUCACCAGAACGCAUACAGGGAAACGUCUAUUCCACUAAGGGAGAUGUUUGGUCAUUGGGUCUAAUGAUCAUCGAACUGGUCACUGGUGAGUUCCCGCUUGGGGGUCGAAACGAUACUGCGAAUGGUAUUUUGGAUCUUUUACAAAGAAUUGUCAAUGAACCAUCGCCCAGACUACCGUCUGGUGGAGGAUAUAAUUUUUCAAGGGAAAUGAUUGAUUUUGUGAAUAGGUGCUGUGUUAAGGAUGAGACCGAAAGGUCCUCGAUCAAUGAGCUACUAUGCCAUGACUUCAUUGGUAAAUAUAGGACAAAGGAUAAGGAAUUCAGGCAUUGGUGUAAGAAAGUUAAGUUUUGUCUAAAAGAGGACAAACAGAUUAGACGUGAAGAUAAUGAACGAGCCAAGUUGGAGAAAAAACAAUUAGAGAAAGCCGCUGAAGCUGCUACGACUGCAAGGAGGUAA